UCCUUCCCCCUCCGCCUCUCUCUUUCCCGUUUUUCGAUAAUCAUCAACAAUUUGGAGAUUCUCUCCAUUUUUCCCCUCCGCAUUGAGCCUCGCCUAGCUUAGCUUUCAUAUUCCGGGUUUUUUUUUUUUAAUUUUCCUAAAUGGCCUACGAGGAUCUGUAUCAUAAGGACCUGAAGUCGAAGGUGGAUUGCCUGAUUUUUGAUCUUGAUGAUACUUUAUACCCUCUGAGCUCUGGCAUAGCUAGCGAGUGCCUCAAAAACAUCGGAGAGUAUAUGGUGGAGAAGCUUGGGAUUGAGAAGAGCAAAGUCUCAGAACUAUGCAACCUGCUUUAUAAGAACUAUGGGACAACGAUGGCUGGAUUGAGGGCAAUUGGUUAUUCUUUCAACUACGAUGAUUACCACAGUUUUGUGCAUGGGAGAUUACCUUAUGAGAAGCUGAAGCCGGAUCCCAUCCUUAAGCAUCUUCUACUCGGCCUGCCAAUUCGUAAAGUUAUAUUCACCAACGCCGACAAAGUUCAUGCCGCCAGAGUGCUGAGCAGGCUCGGAUUGGAGGAUUGUUUUGAAGGAAUUAUAUGUUUUGAGAGCCUUAAUGAUCCCAAUUGCGAAUCCUGCUGCGCAACCAAACUAUUCGACAUUUUGGAGCACUCUGCUAGGCCUAUUGCUGGUGUAGCGCUCCCAAAGACACCAGUUCUUUGCAAACCGUCAGAGUCUGCCAUGGAGCUUGCUCUUAAACUGGCUAAUAUUGAUCCUAAAAGAGCUAUCUUCUUCGAUGAUAGCGUGAGGAAUAUACAAGCAGCUAAGCGGAUAGGUCUCGGCACAGUGCUGGUGGGUUAUUCGCAUGGGGUUAAGGGCGCAGAUCACGUCCUUGAGAGUAUCCAUAACAUUAGAGAAGCACUGUCUGAGUUUUGGGAAGAAGAUGAGAAGUCAGAAGAUGUGCUGUAUCAGAACAAUAUAGCAAUAGCGACCACGGUUACAGCUUGAUUAAUUUCAUUAAAUUGCAGUUUUUUCCGGUUACUACUAUAUGUAUAAGUUGGAUAGGAAGGGGAUAAAUAUAUAUAUAUAUAUAUAUAUAUAUAUAUCAUUGCAGGAUUUUGGUAUCUCUCAGUUCUCAUUGUAAUAUAAAUAACUAAUUAGAUCAAGUUCUCUUCGCUUUUGUGCCGCUUCUUUUGAUAUGAUC